AGUUAUAAGUCUCUAAUGGGGGGUGGCAGGUGAAUGCAUCUGGGCUGCAUAGGGGGUCGGAAGAACCCUUAGCUUCGUUCAGCCUACGUUCAGUCUCCUUCGGGCGGUUGCGGGAGGCGGACGUAUCCUCAAAUCGGCCGCAAAACGAACUUCAACCAGAAAUACAAGUCCUGUGACGAAAAUACAACCGAAAAGCGACCAAUAAGAUCAUCAACAUGGCUUAUUGGGCGUUUUGUAUUCUGAUCUUCCUCCAUACGGUCUACGGACAAACUGAGACCGAGCCACCGACCACAGCCACGACCAAAUCUUCUACGACCGCCUCUCCCCCUACCAGCGUGACUUGGGAAGCAGAGACCUUGAACGAAGGUCAGGCCAUUCAGAAGGCGCUGCAGUACCUCCUGAACCAUCGGCAAGCGGACUGGGGCUGGGGCAACGAUACUCACAACGUGAUGCUCACACUUCAGCUGGCUAAUAACACUGGCAAGGAGAUCGAACAGCAAGGACUGGAGAUGCAACUGUCUGCCAAGCAAAUGGAGAUCGAGGUUUUGCUCAUGAUGUCGAAGCACCACGAGUCUCCCCCGCCGCUGGGUCGUCUCGCUGCCUACACCCUUGCUCUCGGCGCACUCUGCAAGGACCCUCGUUCUUUCCACGGUCGGGACCUGGUGGCCGCGCUCCUCCACCGCGAGCCUCCUCAGGACCUGGAGUUCGCGUACGCGACCCUUGCCGCCUGCUCAUCGGCAGCUCACGUCCGCCGGCGGCAUAUCCGAAGACUGCUAGACAUCGCUAAUGCCGCAUCGGACCACAGUCUUGACACGAUUUCAAUGGUUAUCCUGGCUCUGCGCUGCGUGGUCCAGGACCAUCGCCACCGCAGCCUCAUCCACUUCGUCAGACGCCCCAUGGCGGGACUGGCGCGGCAACAACAUCCUGACGGGAGCUUCGGAACCCUGACCACAACCGCACUUGCUAUACAAGCACUAGAGGACUCUGAUAGCGGUCCCGGCGCUCACCAGCACUGGAGUCUGCCGGCGGCUCGCAAGUGGUUGCUGGAGCGUCAGGCGGCGGACGGUGGGUGGGGUGAUGUGUCAGUGACGGCCGCUGCGGUGGCUGCGCUCACUCCCGCCUCGCUGGCUGCAGUCCGACCUCCGCAUUGCAGCGACAAGCUCAUGGACAGUCGUCACGAGCCUUUAGAUAACAACGGUGGCGACGGAAUCCUGAAGUUGGCUUAUCAAUCCGGACAGGCGAUUAACGAAUCCGAAGCUCGCAACGUCUCCUUCACCUACACCCUGUGGCUCGGCACUAACGUUACUGAGAACUUCACUUUACAAAUGGUCGCUCCGAGGAACGUGUCCUUCUACCGCGUGAUGCAAAUGGCCGCCGAACAGAACCCGAAAUUCAAGUUCGAAGCCAGCGAAUGGCCGAACGGUCACUACGUGCACACUCUAGCCGGGCACAAGGAGGAGCCAAUGGGCUACCACUACUGGCUGCUGUACCGUCUCCCCGAGACCCCGGACCCCACCAGCCCCCCCGGAAACCAACUGGUCGCUCCUGUUGGUGUUGACGAUCUGCUGGUGGAAGACGGAGAGCAUUACCUUUUCUGGUACAAGAAGCUGUAAACGAAAUGUAAUUGUUGUAAUCAAGAGAGAAAGGUGAAGAACAACAGCAGAGAUGAGACGAUAAACUGUGUACUUUAGAGUUUACCUUAAAACUAUCUGAACCUUAGAACUGUUUCGAAAUUAGAAUUCAUUUUUUAUACUAAAAUCUUAUAGUGUUCCUUAAUUUAAAAAAAUGUAUUACUUCAUCUGUUUUAAAGUUGGUAACAUUGUUUUUCACCAGCGCAUCUUAUUAAUUUCAUGUCAACAUCUUCAUGUAGUUCUUAUAAGUCUAAUUUUGUAGUGUGGCUAACACGAGAACUACAAUUCAUAUUUUAUCGUUAUCUAUAUGUAAAAUAAUACAGACUUUACAAUUUUCAGAUUCGAUGAUUUUUAGUAUUAAUUAGAGAGAAUUAUGGGGUGGCCAGCCAUGGUCGGAGUUAGCUAGACUGAUGGACUCACACUGAACUCGAAAUGGCAAAUUAUUACAGCAUACCAUUUCGUCUCGGUUGAAAGUUAUUGCGUACUUGAGACCUUAGAACUUAAAUCUCAAGGUGGGUGACGCAUUUACUUUGUAGAUGUCUAUGGGCUCUAGUAACCACUUAACACCAGGUGUGACAAUCCGUUAUGCUCCCGUAAAAUGCAAACCGUGGAUUGACAGUGUUAAUAAAAAUCAAAAUAACGCGACCCACUAUUAUAUUACAUAAUUUCAUGGUGGUAACAUUACAAAAUUAAAAUAUCUCCGACACCAGUUAAUUGUAGUCGUAAAAUACAUUAUCUUAGCGCACAAAUUGAAUUGAACAUUUCUGCUAAUUAAAAACCUAUAGGUAUAUAGUAAUGUUAACUUGUAUUUUAUAUCUGUAUUUUCAAAGAGUGAAUUUUCAGUACUUUACCAACAAUAACAUUGUAUGUUCAGUACCGGUAAUGGCAAUAAGCGAAAUCAUGUGGUCAAAGUCUGAAUUCGACCAAGAAUGCUAUACUGUUUUGCGGUAGUAAUAGAUAGAGUAAUGGUACUUACUGUAUGCGCGCGAGUUCAUGUCCAUCGGGGCCAGAGCGCGGGGGGCAGCUCGCCCCACCUUCGCCCGCCUCCCCGCAUUCGUUUGACAUCUGACGGUUGUGACGCUUAUCGAUAUCAUAAUUUAAGCUAACGCUAUUGUGUUAUUUAACCAUGACUACUCCGCUUCCAACAAGUUCAGAUAGAAAAAAACCUACUGAAAAAAGAUACAUACUGUUUCCGACUCUGAUCUAUCGGUUGUCUUUUCAUUUGAUAGUGAUUGAAUUGGAAUUUAAAGAAUAUUUUUCUCUAUUAGAAAUAAACAAGUAAUUACUUAUCACAUUUAUUUUAUUUCAU